AUGAAUCAGGAGCAAGCUACGAGGGAGUCACUCGGGAGUAGCUCUCGGGAUGAAGAGCGAGGCAGCAGAAGUCAGCGACGAAGCGCCAGCUCUAGCGGAUUCCUUGUCGAUUCAUUCUUACCACGCUCAUCAAAGAGCCUUCGAACCAGCGGUCACCACUUUCGUCGCUCGGAAAUAGAAAAUCGGGCAAAUCUUGGAAACUUAGAAGCCGAAACUACCCCGAAGAAACGAUCCCGAUUUCGAUGGAGUCGCCAACGAGAGUCUACAAAGGAGUCGGACACUGUCAGCCAGGAUGCUAAUGAUGGCACGGAAGUCAUUAGCUCUCUUCGCUUGCCGCGAGAUGCCACGCUUUCAGAAUCGCAUGACAAGAGUGCAGCCCAUCAUAGUGGAAGUCGUGCAGAGAGUCGUAAUGACCCAGCAGCUCUAGGCUUGGAUAAAGAUUCUCUACAGAUUGUCAACUUAGCAUUGAAUUUGAGUGAGUCGAGAAGAAAGGGCAAUGUUGGAUAUCAGGCUUCAAGUCAAAUUCCUCGAGGAUCAUGGGCACCAUCAGGGGACUCUUGUGCUUCCGCAGCGGGCAGCAUUCCGCGUCAUGACUCUUAUCCUGGCAUCAACGCUACGCAGUCCUUGGGAGAUGAACGCCUGAGAUCCGUCAACCUUCCAAUGUCCAUGUUAACGAAUGAUGUGCUGAAUUCGCUGCCCAAAUCCGCAACGUCUGAACCCACGCCGCAAGGAUUUUCGGGGGGGACGCUGGCCCGAGCUGCAAAUGCUCGUCGCCAUUUUGAGCUACGACAUGAAUAUCUUCGCCUUCUUCCUUCUCUUCCGCCCCUCAAACCUUAUAGCAGUCAUUCUACAAACGAUUCACCUCGUGCUAAUUGUCACCAAUCACAUCGUGCUUACAACCCACUCCAAGCAAUCCGCAAUCGAAAGGUCAGGUUUCGUGAGCGCUGUCCAAUCGAUCCCGAAGCAGAGGGAUGGAAUGAUGUUGAGAAAGUUCAUAGCUGGGUUGAUUCGGUUGAGGCAGCGUACAGUCACCAGGCUCGGAAUCCCCUAGAAUGCCUUAAGCUCCCUCCUUAUAAAGGCAGAAAUUCAGAGGGAGGAUUGGGCCGAGGUGUGAAGGAUAUUGACCCAUCUACUGCCUCCCCGCCUUCCAGCUUGCGGCGUAUCAGUCGUACAGGCAGUAUCAAGUCUCGCAGGCCCAGGUCUGACUGGCUAAUAUACCCUGAUGAACUGCUUGCAGAUGCAGCUUGGGUCGAGGAUGCGCAGAAUAAGAGCAGAAUCACGGAUAGGGAUGGAAAUAUCUUAUACCCAAAUCCGUCUUUCUUCCUUGUGAAUGAUGCCCCCCAGGAGCAAUUACAGGAAAGCGGUUUUCUUAAUGGGCGGCCCUCGUAUCAUGCCUCACACUCUGAUGCCCGCCAAAGCCAAUCUUUUGACCCGAAGGAGUUCGACCGCGGGAGACAGUCUCAUAGGUUUAGGACCUCUCGGCGAAGCAGCAGUGUCUCUGUGGAGGAUACAGGGCCUAAAAGGCGCAUGUUCAAGAUUCGGUCACGGAGCUCCUCAAGCUCAAGCGCAGACGAGAAGCCGUACCGUGGGUCUCUUUUAAGCAAUAUCAAAUCUCCCAGGAGGUCGGUGUCUCCAUGGAGACGGAAGGGAAUGAUUUGGAAUGAAAAGAGGGGAUCUGUAUCAUCCGUCCCGAGCGCAGAUGACCGUUACGAUCCUCUUUAUUUGGGGAGAAUGGGAACCCACGGGACAAACACGGGCUUGGAGCUUGGGUAUUUUCCUAGCAUUGCCUCUAACUUAUCACCUCCAUCAAGUCGAUCUUCUUCUCCUGCCAAGCGAGGUUUCACGCGAGGGACGGGGUCUCGGAGAGCUCACAGCCGAAGUAGCCAUCAUAGGAAAGGCGCUGAUGACGACAGCUCCGUUGAUUUUGAAGCCAUGCGCAAGGACAGCUUGCCGAUCACAAACAGUGGUGCUCAAGUUGAUGAUGAACUACCACCCCUCCCUGCGAAAGGCUCAACAAAUAAUGCAGAAAGUCGGCGGACAAACCCUCAUGAGCGGAAAGACACCGUUCCCCAUGAGUCGAAACUGCGCGGGAUAUUUAAAGGCCCAGGGAAGAUUGCUGGCAAAGUCGGCAAUGAGGUCUCAAAAAUGGGAGAUUUCAUAUUGAAGAAGGACAGCGGAGGGCACUCCCGCCAGUCAUCCUUCGCGAUAUCUGACGAUAGCGAAUUUGAAGACGAGGAAGCGAAGAGUGAGAAACUAGCUAUUCCUAGGGCUAUAUUACGCCGCUUACCUACAUUUACCGACGAUCUUGGUCGGUCAACUCCAAGAAACUCGGACAAGUCUCUCACGAAGAAUCAGUCGCAGACACCGCCCACUAUUGUCGAGCCUCGACAGCAGCGUGAUGAUAUUGAGGUCGUCAGUCCUCAUACCCGGCUGUUAGGCCUCCAAGGAGAUGCAAGCAGCUCCCUCGGUCACCAUGACGGUAAGCCGUCUGGCCAUUCCAUAAAUCGUGGUCCUCGAAUUCUGCAAUUUGGGCCAGAGAUUCACACAGUGCAAAAUGAGAUUCGUAAAGGUCGAAUCAAGGAUGAUUCGGUUCCUUUUAGCAUAGCUCGCCCUCCCAUAACCGGCCUCGCAAAAGCUCAACCGACUCCAAUGACCUCUUCGCAUAGCGUCCGCCCGACGCUCUCCGGUCAGUCCAGAAGCUGGAGCAUAUCUGACCGUAGUGUCUCGGUAUCGAUCGAGUCUGGUGUCCCGGGUAAGCAAGAGAUUGAGCGCACUAGGGCUCUUCUUCUGUCAUCGGGUAUAAAAGCUCGAGAGAUUGCCCGUCGGGCCGAAGAAGCACGCAGGCGGCCCCCUGAAUUUCUUCAACGCUCAUUCGGUGCGGACUCUGCCACACCUCCCGUUCCCCGAAUAUAUGAGCAUGAAGUGGCAAGUCAGAGACUUCUCAGACGAAUUGAAGCGUCUCACAAUUCCUUUGACAGCUCGAUGGAUCAGAUACCGAAGGCUGCAUUUUUACCUCUGAAGUCAAAACUCUCCACUCUCGAAGACUUGGUCGAAAAAUCACUCAAUACUCGCGUUCGCGUUGCGGCCGAGGAAGCCGAAAAUCUUAGUAUGCAGCUCAACACUACCAGCACUCUCGCCGUGAAGCAGUUGAGUGACACGCUCGACCAUGGUCUCCGAAAACGGCACCGUCGGCUGCGCUGGCUGCGGCGCACGGGCUUCGUAAUGCUCGAGUGGGCGCUGAUUGGGCUAUUGUGGUGGGUGUGGUUGAUUGUCGUGGCUUUUAAACUCCUUCGCAAGCUUUUCCAUGGUUUGGCCUCUGGCGUGAGGUGGAUUCUGUGGCUAUGA